AUGAUGCGCAGAACCGGGCUUGCAAGUCUCUGCUUGGCAGUCGGUGCCGCAGUAGCGGCUGUUGAUCCCAUCACAGCAAAGGGUCAAUACUUCUUUCAUUCCAAUGGCACGCAGUUCUUCAUUCGAGGUGUAGCCUACCAGCAAGGCGUCGGGGUUGGAGGGCAGGUCGACCCCAGCACACAAACAUUCAUAGACCCGUUAGCGGACACCACAAGCUGCAAGCGCGACAUACCACUAUUACAACAGCUCAACACCAACACCAUCAGGGUCUACGCCGUUGACCCCACAGCGGACCACACGGAGUGCAUGUCAGCACUGGACGAUGCUGGUAUCUAUGUUAUCGCCGAUCUCAGUGCACCUGAUGUGGGCGAUUCAAUCAAUCGAGACACUCCUACAUGGAACACGGCCUUGCUCGACCGAUACAAGGGCGUAAUCGACAACUUGGCCGCAUUUCCAAACACUCUUGGCUUCUUCGCCGGCAAUGAAGUCACCAACAACAACACCAACACACAGGCCUCAGCCUUCGUGAAAGCCGCCGUCCGCGACAGCAAGGCCUAUAUCGCCUCAAAGAACGUUGGCCGUUGGCUUGGCGUUGGCUACGCGACGAACGACGACGCCGAUACUCGUGACUUGCUGGCUAACUACUUCAAUUGCGACGACCCUGCAGCUGCCGUGGACUUUUGGGGAUACAACAUCUACGAAUGGUGUGGUGAAAGCACAUUUGAGUCAAGCGGUUACCAGGAACGCACUGCGGCCUUCCAGAACUUUUCGGUGCCUGCGUUCUUCAGCGAAUACGGGUGCAACAACCCAGGGGGAGGUGAGGCGCGCAUCUUUCAGGAGACCGGGGUUCUGUACAGUAACCUCAUGAACACGGUGUGGAGCGGUGGUAUCGUGUACGAGUUCUUUCAGGAACAGAACGACUUCGGUCUGGUGUCGGUCUCGAAUGGACAGGUUACUCCUCGAAAGGACUUCGCCGUUCUAGCAAAGCAGCUCGAGGCGUCCAAGAAUGCCGGCAGCAAUCAAAGUCUCCCCAUGAGCCUGUACACCCCAACCAAUACUCCCCGCGACUGCCCCAAGGUUGCAGCCGGAAGCUGGGAGGCGUCAUCUGUGCUGCCGCCCACACCCAACACCACUGUCUGUGAUUGCAUGGCCCAAUCACUCCAGUGCGUCGUGUCAUCCAGCGUCGACGCAAAGAGCAUGGGUGCGCUCUUCGGGACCGUAUGUGGACUUGACUCGAAGGCCUGUGACGGCAUCGCGUCGGAUGCCAGCUCGGGCACGUACGGAGCGUUCAGCAUGUGUAACAGCACGCAGCAACUGAGCCAUGUGCUCAACCAAUACUACCUUAACCAGGGAAAGAGCGCUUCAGCAUGUGGUUUCGAUGGUCAAGCCGAACUGCUGAGCUCGACGACAGCAGCAGACCCCAGGUGCGGAGCAGUGCUAGCGGAAGCGCCGUCAAGCACCGGUACGCCGAUCCCAGGAACUGGAAACGGAAGCGGGAGUGGGAACAGCAGCGGCGGCGGCUCCAGUGGUGGCAGUUCAAGCGGAGGCAGUACCAGCGGAAGCGGCAAUGGUUCAAGCUCGGGCGGCAGUGGCACCAGUGGAAACAGCGUGACGAAUAGUGGAAGCUCGGGUAGCUCUGCCAGUUCCAGUGCAUCUGGCGCAUUUGGCAGUUCUGGCGUCGCCGUACGCUCUGAUGCCGCCGGCUGUAUGAUGGCUAUGGUCAUGCUUGGAGCGGGCCUUGCAGUAUGGUAA